CUUCUCUCCUCUCUACACUUUGCUCGAGUUGGGACUUGAUCGUCUCAUCUCCUCACCGCCGAGCUGUCUCUGGCGGAUUCCUGGAGAAGAAGACGAAGAGUCGCGUCGGAGUUUCGAUUUCUUUUGCCUUCCUCUCUUGCCGUUCGAUCCUCCUUUUGAAAACUUUCGAGCUCAGAGUCUCCUUGAGGAAUUUGAUCCCCUUUCUCCAGCGGUUUCCGCUUUUUGGAGCCGUAGUUGUCUGGAAUUGGCAAGGUAGAUAAUCGGAGAAGGAAUCCUUGCCGGAUACUUCAGAUAGAGACUUAAUGGGAAAUAAUGAAGCAAUGACGCCUUCGAAAACAGAGAAAUUGCCUUCACAUGUACAGGUAAUCCACUAGUGGGGAGCUUAAAAAAUAAUUGGCUUUUGUGCUUUCAAUAUGUCACAGAUCAACCUGCAUUUCAUCCAUAUCCUGACUGGGCAGCUAUGCAAGUUAGCUAUUACUGGAUUUUAUUUGUAUCAUUCUGGAUAGAAACUAAGAAUAUUACUAAAGAAGAAGAGGCUGUUCUUCUUCUUCUUCUUCUUUUUUUUCAGGCAUAUUAUGGUCCUGGAGUGAUGCCUCCUUAUUUCAGCACUUCAAUUGUGCCUGGUUAUGCACCUCAUCCAUACAUGUGGGCUCCAAGGCCCCUUAUCCCUCCUUUUGGGUCACCAUAUGCGGCAAUUUAUCCAAAUGGAGGUUAUCCUCACCCAUCAAUGCCCCCUGGUCCUCAUCAACUCCUUGCAUCAACUGAAGCAGUAGUGAUGGCAACUCCUUUGAAUGUAGGAGCUCCUGAUACAUCAUUAGGGAGCAAGGACAAAGAGAUCACAACUAAGCUUAAUGCAGCUGUGGGUAAUAUAAGUUCAAAUAAUACUGCAAGUUCUCAUCAACAUGAGCUGUCACAAAGUGGAUAUAAUAGUGCAGAUGGGUCUCACAAUGGAAGUGAUGGGAGUAAUUCAACAGGAGGAUCUAGCAACCAAAGCAAGGUUGGUUCUAAAGAUAGAUCAUCAUCAGAUGAUAGAAAAAUUGACUCGGAUAUUAAUCCUGUCACUGGUGGGGAAAGUUCAUCCUUGAAAGUUUCUUCAGGAGUUUCCAGGACACCUAUGGAUACUACAGGAUAUCAAAUGAGGAAUAAAACUUCACCUAGUCUAGUGCAAGCAUUUCCAGUGAAAAAAAAUGGCACACCUGUCCACCAAACAACCAUUCCUAAGAUGUCUGGUUGUAAUGGUGUACCUUCUGAACCAUGGAUGCAGGAUGAGCGGACAGUGAAACGAGAGAAAAGGAAACAGUCUAACAGAGAGUCUGCUAGAAGAUCAAGGUUGAGAAAACAGGCUGAAAAUGAGGAACUUGCUAAGAAAGUUGAUACCUUGUUUGCUGAAAACACUAACCUCAGAUCUGAAAUAAGUCGACUAACUACAAACUCGAAUGCAUUGAGAACAGAGAACUCAGCUUUGUUGGAUAAACUAAAAAGCUCUCAAUUGAUCCAAACAGAAGAAUCAUCUCUUCCAGACGAGGAGACCGGAAGUGCGCCAUCAAUUAUUGCUGCCAACUUCUUGUCAAUGAUCGAUAAGCCAAGCUCAAUUAGCCCAAUUGAAAAGUUAGAAGAGGAGAGCCGCAGCAAGCCCAGCGGCAAGCUUCAGCAGUUUCUAAACACUAGUCCAGGAACAGAUGUAGUGUAAACUGUGAUGGGCAUGGUUCCUGUUACCGCACAGGAUAAGGAAUUAUAGUGAUGUUGUAUGAUUUUGUCUAUUGACUUGAUGGACAACAAGUACAAAUCUAGUUGUUGGAACCUUUUAGAAAUCCCAACCUCUAUUGAAUGACAAGAACUGCUGUAAAUUUUAUCAGAGUUGUCACUUCAAGUAUAAGCUCAUUUUGUCC